AUGAAGUCGGCCGGCAAAAAACCCAAGACCACAUCUGUUGCCGCCGCCCCACGAUCAGACUGUCCUCCGGACGUCGAAGAACUCGGCCGCUCGACCUGGACGCUCCUGCACAGCAUGGCGGCCACAUACCCGGCGAAUGCGCCGCCCGAGACGCAAUCCGUCAUGCAGCAGUUUCUGUCGACUUUCUCGAAACUAUAUCCGUGCUGGGUCUGCGCCGAGGACUUCCGCAGCUGGCUCGCCCAGCCGGGCAAUGAGCCGAAAGUCAAGGGCCAGGAUGAACUGGGCAUGUGGAUGUGUCAGGCUCAUAACGCGGUCAAUGUCAAACUGGGCAAAUCCGAGUUCGACUGUACACUGUGGAAGCAGAGAUGGAAGGAUGGCUGGAAGGAUGGGAGGUGCGAUUGA